ACAGAGCCAGAUAAAUGAUCAAUUACCACCAGUUCCUCUCGGUCUAUUCACUCGAUGUGAAUGAUGGUCUCUUCCCUCGAGAAGAGGUCGUCAUCAAAGAGACCGUAACAUUUCUGUACAUAAAUAACUUUUCCUUUAGUGUGUAAGAAACGGAAGAAAUUGUCGCGUGUUAUUCCUCCAAUGUAGUCAACAUGUGAACCGAACGGAAUAGGUCACGUGUCGGGGUGAGUCUUCUGUAUAAUUUAACGAUCAAAGGAUGUAAGGAUUGAGCAUCGCCGAGACAUAUUGGAAACCUGGUAAGAGGAAACGGGAAGCUCGCGAAACGGGCGGGUCCUCUUUAUUGAAAACUCGGGGUCGAAAAAUGCCGCGAGUACGGAAACCGCGUUGGAAAUAUCGACAGACUUCAAUUUUUCUUCAUUUGUUUUUAGUGAGAGGAACGAUGGCCCAGAGAAGGAAGCAGGAACGGAAUGGACCAGAGGCGGCGACCCGACAAGUGGACCUGGGUGAGAUGGCCAUCGCCCUGGCCGGACUGUUAGAUUGCCCGGUCUGUUGGGAGAGGGCGACUCCACCCAUCUCCCUGUGUGUCAAUGGACACAUCGUGUGCCCUAGGUGCAGUGGUAGGGUAGAGAGGUGCCCGACAUGUAGGGGUCCUUUGAAUGGGGGCAGGUGCCUUGCCCUGGAGCAGAUGGUGGGGGUGUUGGCCCAUCCCUGCCGUUAUCACCACCAGGGGUGUAGGGAGUUCCUUUCCCCAGGGGACACGCGGGCCCACGAGAAACACUGCGCUUUCCGGUCCUGUCCCUGUCCGGUGUUGGACCCGGCCUGCUGGUGGCAGGGCCCCCGAGCGGCAAUUCCCGGCCAUUUGGCUGGGAUGCACCCAGAAAUUGGAGAGGGAGUUUUUUCGUUCCUAAAAAUGUUUCUUUUGGGGUGGCAGCGGCCCCGGCGGAGUUCCUGGGUGGCUUGUCUAGCCUCGGGGCACUGUCAGUUUUUGGCCCAGGUAGUCAAGGAGGAGAGGAAGGAGGGCCAGACUCACACGAUGGUUUAUUUUCUUCUCCGAUCGUUGGGGAAAAAGGAAGACGUAAAGCGAUUUCGUUACGAGAUCCGGUUGGGAGAGGGUUGCCAAAGGAUCGUCUAUGAGGACGAGCCCCGGUGGGUGGUAGGCAGCCUCCCCAGUACAUUCAAACACGGGGAUUGCCUGGCGUUGCCGUACACGAUGGUGGCCGGAUUGAUGCAGGACCAGGCGCUCCCCGUGACGAUGGCGGUCCACCCGGUCGGGGGAAGGAGAAGACCCGGGGAGGCAGCGCCCCCGGAAGUAAGGAACGAGGACGAAAGGGACACUAGGUCCGAGCGGGCCGAUGAGGCGUCCCCAGCCCCGGUGAAAGAUGGGGAAGAAGACCCGUGGGCAUGGGAGGAGAGCCCCCUGCCCGGUCCCCAGGUGGAAGCGCAAUCAAGUCCUCAGGCCAGAGCCGGGAAUAGUGGCGAAACUUCCCAAACGGAUAGCCAGCCAUCAGACUUAUUAAAGGCGCUGCGGCGGGCCCAGGCGUGUAGGGAGUGGGGGCACCCCGCCAAGGUAUUGUUACCGGUGGGGGAGCCCCUCCCAGCGGAGCUCCAAAGCAUCCCCGAGCAACAAGUCCUGGAGGACGGUGAUGCGGAGCCGGGCCCCGCCGAUCUGGGUAGAGGGCAGGUAUCAGGGGAGAGCCGUCUCGGGGCAGCGCUGAGGGGGCUCCGCAGCCGCCAGAAUCCCAACAGUACCCGGGUCGAAUACUACCCGGGGUAGAGAGAGGAAAACACGGCCUACC